CAAACAACUGUCCUGGAAAAAGGAAAAAGCAAUCAAAUUUAAAUCCAGACAGUAGGGAAAGAAAAGGUUGACAUGCUUGUAUACAGUUCAUAUACAUACCUGGUUUUAACUAUAUUUCUACGUUCCAAGUGCUGCAGACGCUGCUCUAAUUUUGCCGUAUUGAUUGACCGCUCAAUGUAGGUCAGACUUGAUGGAUAUCGAUGGAAUGGGAGUGAGUCUCUUUUCCAGUCCGCCCAGUCAGGCACUUCACAUCCUCUGUUUGCAACGUGAACGUUCAAAUGUCGUUUGUUCUUUUAAGAUAUGCAGCAAACGACUCUGCCUAAACCAGGCCUAAAGGAGAGAGUCCGUGACUGAUGAUGCAGAGGAGAACUGAGGACAGAGGUGUGUGUAAGCGGUUAUCCGCGGCGAUGUCUGCGACAGAGUUUCACACCGACAGAGAGGAGGACUAUAGAUUCCUGCACAGCAUGCUGAUGGAGAAAAAGGUCCACCUGCUGUUUAAGAUUCACGAACGGCUGAAGCGCUUUGAGAAGCGGAGGCCUGGUCCCGUCCUGCAGCACGCGGCGAGUCUGGCCUCGCAAUUGGCAGAAGAGCUGCUGUACCACGGAUGGAGAGAUGAAGUCAAAGAACUGCUUACACUUAUUUCCAAACCUCACUUUAAGAGUCUUCUGCGUACCCAUGACUCUGUAGCCAAGAGAGACUUUGAACCUGCUCUGCCACCCCUACCUGAUGAUGCAAUGGAGGAAGAUGAAGAGUCAGUGAAAAUUGUGAGCCUUGUGAAAACCAAAGAGCCACUGGGAGCGACAAUUAAGAAGGACAAAUCCACGGGGGCCAUCGUCGUCGCCAGGAUCAUGAGAGGAGGCUCAGCCGAUAAGAGCGGCCUGAUUCAUGAAGGUGACGAGCUGAAGGAGGUGAAUGGAGUUUCACUGGAGCACAGGAAGCCAAAAGAAAUCCUUCCUCUCCUGGCUUGUUCUGAGGGUGCAGUUAAAUUCAAAAUCAUUCCUGGAUCCACCAAAGAGGAAAUGACAUCAUGUGUGACAAAGGUGUUUGUGCGGGCGCUGUUCGACUAUGAUCCCACGGAGGAUCCGACCGUCCCGUGUAAAGACGCGGCCGUGGCCUUCAAACGAGGCGACGUCCUCCAGAUCGCCGGCACGGACGACGACACCUGGUGGCAGGCCCGUCGCCUCGGAGACGGCAGCGGUCGGGCGGGCCUCGUCCCGUCAAAGCAGCUGCACGAAAGAAGAGUUGCAUUGCAGCGACCCAGAGCUCUGUUCAAGCUUCAGAACAUCAAGCCGCCAGAUGACAGGGAAGUUUUUCCAGUCCCAGAGGACGUAGACUAUGGAGCCAUAACAGGAAUCCACAUCGCCGGUCUGAGAAGGAGCUUCCGACUCGGACGGAAAAGCAGCAGAGCCAGGAAACCUGCUCAGUUACGGAGGUGGAGCUCUGAGACUCCUGGUGCAGUCUGUCCCCGUACUUAUAUAGAGGUGGUACCCUACCAUAAGGAGCCAAAGGACAGACACCGCCUCAUUGUCCUGGUUGGGCCCAGCGGGGUUGGCGUGAACGAGCUGAAGAGGAGGCUGGUGAUCUCGGAACCGGACCGCUAUGGCGUCAGUGUGCCGUACACGACACGCGAGAAGAGGAGGCAGGAGAGCGAAGGCCUGGAUUAUCAUUUUGUUUCAGUUCAGGCAUUUGAAGAGCUCAUCCUCAACCACAGGUUUGUAGAGUAUGGACAGUACAGAGGUAACUACUACGGGUCAAAUCUGGACUCGGUGCAGAGAGUGUUGGCUGAAGGCAAAGUCUGCCUCCUGGAUGUUCACCCAAGCAAAAUAAAGCAUGUUUACACUUCUGAAUUCAAACCAUACGUAGUGUUUGUGAAACCGCCAAUGAUUGAGGAGCUGCGCCUCACCAGGCGGAGAGCUAAAUUUGUCUGUGAUGAAGACGGUAUGCAGGUCAGGAUGUUUUCAGAGGAGGACUUUGAGGAGAUGCUCGACCAGGCUGAGAUGUUGGACAGCCAGUACGGCCACCUGUUUGACAAAGUGAUCGUCAACGGAGACGUCGCCACGACAUUCAGAGAGCUGAAGGCCGAUGUCGAGAAGCUGGACGAGCCAGAGGUCCAGUGGGUUCCCGCAGCGUGGAUGCGCUCGGCACCAACAAAAGCGUGGAGAAGCUGCAGCAGCUUGACCGGCUGGAUUUAAACGGGAAUCGCUCACGAUUGCAUCAAAUAUUCCUUAAGGGCCCCUUUUAAAUCUCAUUUAAUAUAGUCUCCUUAAAAGUGAUGCACACUAUGUUCCUCUGUGCAUAAGUGCUGCGUUUGAGUUGAAUAAAUUUAGAUAAUAAUCUCUGUCA